UACAAUAUUUACAGUGCUAGAAUCUCGGAUUUACAAAAAGCUGGCGGAAAAAUGGUCGACCGAUAAGUGAUUGAUCUCUAUUUUGAGGCUGGCUCAUAAGUUAACGAUUAGUGAUAUCCUGAUCAUUAUUCUCUCAGCAAAGUAAAUCUUGUUUUUUAUUCAACUUGCACCUAUGGUUUAUUUUUCAACAGCAUGGUCUGUCCAAGGAUUUUAAUAAUUUGCAUAUGUCUUUUUCAGAUACCUGUCUUGUAACCAUGAGAGGCAGCAUCCUAUACUCUUCAUUUCGGAGGAUUUCCCAGGGCCACCCACCCAAGUCCAGUGGAUUUCACAGGUCAUCUCCACUGGCUGCUCAGAGGUUUGGGCGGUCCAAAAGAUGGAUUGCUACUUCCGAUGGUUUACCCCGUGAAAAGAUGAUGCUUGUGAAUGAUUUAGUUUGCCCGGUCAAGUAUUUCAUGGAGGAAGUUCCGCUGCUUGAACCCUUAGAUGACAAUAUUCUCUUGAAGACCGUUGGAGGACCAAGAGGAAAGACACUGGUUGCAUGGAAAGCUGGGAAAACCAUCAGAAGUCUGCCAGAGCUGAUUGCAACAUAUCAAUUGCGUGGAUGUGCCCUGGGCAACCGUCUCCGGUUAGAGAACUUAAAGAUUUCUCGGUCUUCAGGGAGGUUUGUUCUUAUAGACACUGCAGAAAUUGGUCCCACUGAGAAGAAGGGAAGCUUCAUACAGGACUGGAACCUGGGUGGAGAUGUCCUUGAUACGAUUGCUAGGAGAGUUUUGGGUGUGGGUACCCCUUACCCCAAGGACCUUGAGAAAUACAUCAACAAUAUAUGCGGUCAGCGGAACCUAAGCUUUGGCGUCUUCUGUACAAUUCAUUGUUUUUAUCCCCAGAAGCCCGCUAUUGGCUAAGAGUCUAUGUUAAUCAGAUGUCCCGAGAAGACUUCGAAUCCCUCUCCAGAGACAUGAAGCAUAAGAUGCAAGAGUUCUUUGGAAAGCUACCUUAUGAAGGAGGAGUGGAGGAGGAGGGCUCGCUGAAAUGGCUGUCAGUAAACGAGGAAUUCAUCCGUGCUACCCUCGCUGAGUCAAGGAAAGAUGCACAAAAUAGGGUUACUGGUCCUAACUAUCUGAGCACUGAGAAGGCCAGGAAAAGAGACUUGGGUAGAUGGCUGGUCUGUGUCAACCGCGACGGUUUGACACAUGGGACGAAGACCAAGGCGAAACACCUCGAAGACAUCAAAAGAUUUAUGCUCACUGCACAAAACAUAUCGCAGCUGCUACAUGUGGAGUUCGAUGAGCUGGACCAGAAAUACAUUGAUCUGUGCGACGAGGACAAUGAGCUGCGGGAGCUCCUCAGCAUCGAAGGGAUAUUCUUCGAGACCCCAGAGACCUGGAGCAGUGCCAUUGAAGCACUCGAGAAGGAUAUUCAGGCAGUGCGGGAACUAAAAGCGAAGAAUUUGGUGCUGCUGGCAUAGGCAUUAACACCCGAAGCGGCUAAUCAGGCAAAUGAAUGGGUCUCCUAUCGCAAGUGGCUGGAAUGUCAUACUGCUGGUUUGCUUUGUCAUCGAAAUGUUUGGGAUAGUACCACUUUGUGGUUGCUGCUACUUGCUGCGUUUGUGUCUUUGUGUGGUAUCUUACUGGAGUUGAGAUGUUAUCUGUUGCGUUGUGUCUUGGACCUGUUGUAACAGGAAGGCGAGGAGCACAAAGUGCGGUGGUGCUCCAUUUUGUCAGGUUUCUAGGAGACUGUUGUCUAGGGUCAUCAUUUCUGUGUCUAUGAGACUCUGCUGAGU